AUGACAAAAUUCUUUGGUCUCCGAGGUCAGGCACUUCAUCGAGUAAUGAUUUGGGCCGUCAUCAUGCCUGCUUACAUCCUAUUUGGGUACAACAAUGCUGUCGCCGGUGGACUACUUAGUCUACCCGCCUGGAUCGAAACUUUUCCAGAGCUCAACACUCUUACUGUCAUAGGCACUCAGAAAACCAACAAUUCUUGGUUACAGGUAAAUAAAGACAAAUACUUCUCAUACCUUGACUUUCCCAUUGACUUUUUCAAGGGAACUGUCGUUGCUCUCUAUACUCUUGGAUGCUUUUUUGGCGCCUUGUCCUGUAUCAAAAUAGGUGAUACUCUAGGUCGCAAACGAACAAUCAUGCUUGGAGCAGCAAUCAACAUAAUCGGCGCUAUCCUUCAAUCUUCAUCUUAUUCCCUAGGCCAAUUAAUCGUUGGACGUCUUGUUUCCGGCUUAGGUUUUGGUGCUUUGACAGCAACCGCUCCGAAUUGGCAAUCAGAAUGUUCUAAAGCACAUCAUCGCGGCUCGGUGGUGCUUCUUGAAGGUUUGUUCAUAAGUGCAGGUUUAGCAACGGCUGCUUCCAUUUUCGUACUGAUUGCCACGCCACAUAUGCCAGAGUCUCCUCGUUGGCUUGUCAAGAAAGGGCGAACGGACGAAGCACGGGAAGUUGUGUCAGCAUUGGACGAUAAGCCUAUAGACUCAGCUCAAGUACAGGCUGAUAUAGCAGAGAUUGAAGAAGGACUUGCGAUCACUGGAAAUGACUCAUUCCGUGAUAUUUUUUGCAUGGGCGAUGAACGUCUUUUCCACAGAGCUUGUCUUGCUGUAUGCGGACAAAUGUUCCAGCAAAUGAGUGGUAUAAACGCUCUCGCUUUCUAUCAAGCUACCAUUUUUGAGAAUGGUCUCGGAUUAUCAGCACAAACUUCUCGUGUUCUGAGUGCUUCCGUCUUCACUUGGCAGACUUUUUGUUCCCCGAUAGGAGUUUUAACAGUUGAUCGAUUCGGAAGGAGAAAGCUGAUGAUGUUUGCCGCGUUUGGAAUGGGUUCCUACAUGACGAUUAUUGCUGGAACAUUUUCCCAAAUUACUAACACCUCAUGUGUCAUCGUCGCGGCAGUAUUCAUUUUUAUGUUUUCGUUAUUUUUCCCUACCGGAUUUCUAGGACUGACUUUCCUCUAUGCUUCGGAGGUUGCACCGCUGAGUGUUCGAGUUCCUAUCACUGCCAUGUCAACAGGAAGUGCAUGGAUCUUCAAUUUCAUUGUCGCAGAAAUAACACCGGUGGGAUUCGCUACUAUAGGAUGGAGAUACUACAUUAUAUAUGCUUGUAUUAACCUCUUCUUGAUACUCCUAGGUGUAUACCUCUUCUUUCCCGAAACCAAUGGCCGUCAUCUCGAAGAGGUUGAUCAAAUAUUUCUCAGGAGCAAAAGCAUUAUCGACACGGUACGAGUGUCCAAAUACAUGCCCAGGGGAUCUGUUAGCUCUACCUCCACUGGUGGGACCGAAAAGAAUGAAGUGAUCCAGGUUGAAAAUGUGGAAGAAGCUGUUUGA